AGAAAAAUGUAAAUUUACUGACCAAUUGUUAAGGUUUUCCAAUUUGAAGGCCGUUUCGGAAUUUAGCAAAAUUUCAAAUGAACAAGUUUUAAUGGCCCAUCGUCCGUUGGUAGUAUCUGUAUUCGAGCGAAGCAUUUUCAGUUUCCAAAGUACUUCAUAGUCUGGUCCAUAUGUGGAAUAUUUAGAGGAUAUGAGAAUAGCUACAGCUCAGAGAAUAUAUAAGAAUAGUAAUCAAUGCCUCUACUAUGAUUAUUUUAAAUAUACUUCUGCUAAAAGUGAUUUUCUCAGAAAAAAACAAGAUCACUGUGGUCUAUUUUACACUGAAAGUCAAAAGAAGGAAGGACUGCGAACGUUGAAAUAUGUAGAACUUUUUAACGGUGGAUUGAAUACUUCUGUCACCGUCUUCAUUUCACCACAUCGCUUUGAUAGCCGGCAAUUCUCUCAAGCACCAGAGGCUAAAGAAUGUUAGUAAUUUUGAUAAGCAGUAGUGUUUUUCUGUUGGGAGGUUAUUUUUUUUGUCCAAUAAAAACGUGAAGUACUCAGGUGCUUGAGUUUGACUUUCGUCGUGUUAUAGCUGUGAUGUCGCGGAAAAUUCCUGUCCAGUAGAUAAAAUCUUCUUGUAUUUCAUGCUUCAUAUUACGUUCUUAGUACCUACAGCGAAUCGAAGAGGCAAGAAUUCAAAUUAACGCUAGUGUCUUGAGAAUGCUGCUAGUUAUAUUCUCGUCUUGAUUUAUUCAAAUAGGUUCUUAUAAAUUCAUUUGGAUUUAUUCGUUAUGUAUAUAUUUCAGGGUUAAUUGAUCGACGGUUGCUUUUAGCCUUAACUUUUUUUGUUAGUGAGGUGAACUGCUAGCGUAAAUCCUAACUUGCUGUUUAUGGAAAUCAAUUUUUCAUAUGGGAAGGUUUUCCAAUAAACUGGCCGUCAAUUUUUCAUUCAGUUAUGGUAGGUUUCAGGCUGGCUGGGCCAUGAAUUCGGCGUUUGGGUUAUCUAAAUAUAAUACAAGUGGUGGGAUUUUUGUCCAAUUAUUCAAGUUGUUUUGUUGCAAAAUCAUUCGUUUACUACCUUUAGGAUUUAUAUUUUAAACGAGAUCUUUGAGGUAUAUGUUUAUAUUUUUCUGCUUCUGUUCUCAUUCUUUACGCAUGUUUUUUCUUAUAGCUAUUCUUCUUCUUCUUACUAUCAUUAUUAUUGUUAUUAUUAUUACAUAAACAUGGUACGGCAAGGGCACUAAGAAAUAAGACACACAAAAUAACGUAACAACACUAUUGGCUCCACCUAGUAAAAAAUAUGGGUGACCCAUGAAACACGGAAGUCAUUAUACACCCUGGUUUUCAUCUUCUGGUUGAUAAUGACUGUAUACUAUGUAAAAUGAUGUGUCUUGUAAAGACGAGUUUUGAGUUAAUGUGGGAUUAUUUUGGAAUAUUCCUGUGUCAUCUUUUUUCUACCUUUGAUAAAACUUUAAUACGGUCUGCUUGAAAUUAACUUCUAACUUCAAUUAUCCAUAGGUAUCUAGUUUUAUUCAUAAAAAGCCCUCAUUUUAUGUUGGUAUCACUUUAGGUUUCGUCUACAAGCGUCAUGUUUUCCUAUUGGGCCUAGCAGCCGGACUAGUCAGUCUAGGAUCGCUAUGGUUAUAUAACAUAUUUGAAUGGUGUUCAAGUUCAUACGCUUUUGAAUCUGCCAAGGUGGUAAGUCAGGUAUUCAGUUCUGAGGACGCUGUGAACAAAAAAUACCCAUUAAAUGAAUGUAAACAUAGUGCUGAUUCCAACCAGAAAACUGUCACUUACUUUGACAGAAAAUCAAAUACAAUAAAUUUGGAACGUGGGAGGAUCGAUGCGUUCCAUGCUUUAUACAAUGCAUCAUCGUAUGACAGAUACUCUCCUAAUUUUGAUGAAACACCUUCGGAAAAAUAUUGUUCAAGCAAUAAUGAUUUUGUCUCUAAUACUGUUUCUAAAUGUCAAGAGAUACAGUUACUCCAUGGAUCCAACUUUUUAUGGACCAGUGCAUGCAUAAACUGCCCACAUUUCAAUUCAGGCUCAAAUAAAAUCUGUACAAUUUGUUGGCUAAACAUGCCUGAUUAUUGGCUUUAUGGACCGACAUGGAGUUCACCUAAUGGUUCGUUUCAUUUGAGUCACUUAUGGGGAAACACCAGUAUUUUAGGCUUUCUCAUCUGCUUACAAUUAAUAUACAAGGCUAUUUGUGUAGCUUGUUGCAAUAACGCAACUAAACGGUCCUGUUCCACACAAACUAGUCCCCCAUCUACACCGGAUCCUGGGAAUUAUAGAUAUGCUGAUUUUUCACGAUGGGUGGCAAAUACCCCUUUUAAAUUUGAUGAUCCAUCUAUUACAACAACUACUACUCCUUCAAUAGUAGCAUUCGGCACUACUCAGACUACAGUUUCUGACAACUCACUAUCACAAACUGUAGACGAAAAAUUAAAUUCCCUUGAACGAGAUCAGUCGAAUGAUCUUUAUCCGUUAGAAGUUCUCAAUUCAUUUGUUAUUAAAUCUAAUGAAACGGAUAUAAAUUACAGUAAUCAUCAUGAGCAUUUGAAACGCCUUUCCUCAUCUAUUGAUAAUGUAUUAUUUCCAAGUAUGAAAGCUAAAAAUAUUCAGCCUACCUCUAUGAACACUAAAUCAUUGGAGAGAAAUACUGUUCCAUCUACCACUGUCAAUUUGUCGAUAGAACAAUUAUCCUCAAAAGUAGUUGACUUUCUCAGUGCCAGACAAGUUGAUUGGCUCAAUGGUUCACCAAGAAACAAAUCAUCAUCAUCAUCAUCUUCCUGUUCCUUAAUGCAUUGUAUUCGCAGUGAUACUGUACCGGAGAAGACAAUAAGAAGAAAUGAAUAUGUGAAAAGUUUGUCUAACGGAAAUGAUUAUACCAAUCAAAGUACUCGUAACUCUGUUUUAUAUCAUCGUUCACGUUUCCAUUCCAAUUCAGGUUCAUCUACUACAUCUCUGUCGUGUUUUAGUGUGGAUGAUAAUGAAGGCUUUGAAUAUGAUGAUAUCAUCGCAAUACAAAUGACUAAAGAUAAUGGGAUAAUGAAAAAAAGUGAAAAUCUGGUAAAUGUUCAAGAGUACAUUCAAGAUAAUUAUAAUGAUGAUGGUGAUGUUGAUGAAGAAUAUAGUGAAGAAAGAGCUGAAAAUAUUCUUCGGCAACUUGAUACACUGUCAUCUCUGCUUAAUUCUAGAUCAGAUAGUUAUUUACAGGAAAAAUCGAAUGAAGUUCCGUUGCUUUCAAGCGAAAGCACUGACACCAUAGAUACCACUGAUGACGUAUUAGGAACACCAUCAUCUAUGGAUAAUAAAUUCAACAAACUGUUAUCAAAAUCGGAUACCGAUAGACUGGAAUUUACUGAUCUUACACAAAAAACUGUCCUACUGACAAACGAGUUAAAUAAACUAGGCGCUACACUAGAUCGUUUAUUAUAUAAGCUACAAGCUAAUCAAAUCCAGCUAGAUCAAGCUGAAGACAAUUUGGAUUAUAUGUGGUAUUUGAAAGAUAAUUUGGAUGAGGAUUCUUCCUCAGAUACUUCCGACUGUUGCUCUGCAGUUCCUCUUAGUGACAUAGAAGCAGAAGGUAUAUUACAUGAUGACAAUACUGAUAUGGAUGAUAAUGUUGAUAUUAAUGAUUACUGGUCUUCAAGGGGUAGGAUGAAUGUGUCACCAACUCAUCUUAAUCACCACUCUAAUGAUCCUGAUGUCCCUGGGUACUUGUCUCACUCAAAUGGAACACUUGAUUAUCCUUUUGAUCCUACUUUUCGAAUACCUCGUAUACACUGUGAUAAUUCAUCAAAUAUGGACUCGGGAUUAGAACAGUCAGUUAUAACCUGUUCUGAAUCGUCUACGCAUAUGAUUUCAUCCAUGCCAGAGGAUCAGUUAAAGAAUAUUUUCGGUCAUUAUUCAUCAUAUAAGUAUCUAUCAAACUCACAAAACUUUAAAGAUUUUUCACGUCCUUUUUCAAAAUAUUCACGUCUAAAAAAACGUUAUAAUCAUUCACGAAUGAGAGAAAUGUUCAGUAAUGAAGGUAGUCGGUAUUCAAUAGAAGUUCAUCCAGAUCCUGAUGGCUUUGUGCACCCGGAUUUCACUUUUGAAGAUGAUGGUGUAUUGGAUUGGUCUGAACCAAUAAAAGUAAAUCCAGUCCAGAAGAAGGUAAAUUAAGCGAAAAAAAAAAUGAAAAACAUUGGGUGAUUUAGAGAAAAAUCAGUGAAAUAUUCUUCUGUUUUUAACCAACUACUUCACGAUUAUCAUUUCCGUUUACACUCUUACUUCUUUACUCUAUCUCUUUACUUAAUUUGCAUUGUCUUUCACAGUCUGUUUGUUUUUUCUGUAAUCCGUUUCCUUAUAUUUAUACCCUUAAUGCAAACCGAUUUUUACAUUGUAGAUAUAUGGAUCGAAUGUGACUUUAUAAUUGCCAUUUUUAAUAAAACCCCAUUGUACUGAUCUUUUAGAAUAGUAUUUUUUGCAUUUACAAAGUAGCUAGUGUCAUAUAAACUGAAUUUAUUACUUCAUAACCCUGAGCAACACUUUUUGUCAUUCUUCCAUUGAGUUCACUAAUUCAUGAGCAUCUGUAAUUAGCUUCAUUUUAUCUGUUUACUUUCCAGUUGAUUGUUAUUUAUGUGCUUUUAUUUUUUUAAAUAAUUUUUUUGUAGACAUUAUUUUAAUAACUUAAUAUUUUUAUCAUUGAGCAAAUCGAUAAUACCCGUGGAACACUUCGAUUUUUGUUUAUUUGUUAUAACUGUUAUUUUAAUCGAGGCACGGAAUUUUUGAAGUGAUAGCUCAUAAUGUUCAUUUUUCCCAAUGUUGAAUGUCUGUACUAGCGUGUAGAUGCAACAGGAGACCAGUUGUGUAAGCCCUGCCUUUCGUUUGUUUUCAUUGCUGUUGAUUAACAGGUUUUUAUUUAUGGUUUAAUUUCAACAUAUUUAUUUCAUUGGUUAAUCAACAGCUUUUUCGGUAUACUGAAGUGAUCAGUGGAAAAAUGUCCAUUUAUGAAGUUACUUUUGUUUUUACUGAUGUUGGAAAUGGUCUACUUACCCUUGCUUACCUUUAUUUUAUUUGUAUAUGUAGAAUGGUCUGUUAUGCCCGUAAUUUACCUAUAAUCAGCUGUGCAUAUAUGUAUAUUUUCUUGCAUAUGUAAAUAAUAUCGCAAAUGCCGCUCAUCAACUCUGUACUUAUAACUUAAUAUUAUGUAGAUGAAUAAAUAAUAUCUGU